CCUUUUUUCACUCCCCGUUCUGUUGGAGGCACAUCGAUAAUCUACUCCACUCAUCUUCUUUUCUUUGUUUUAUCGAUUGCCACACCAGUGUUUUAAUGUCACGUCAAGAAAGACGCUUACCAACAUGGAUAUAUCACAUCAAUUCCGUUGGGACCAAGUCCUGAUUUUGGCAGCGACACUUAUGUCACCUGCAAUCACUGUGCUGUGUAAUGACAUCCUGGGUCUGAAGGUGGCAGGAGAUCCGGUUCUGACCCCUAACUCUGUAUGUCUGCGGCUGGCGGGCCUGAGCAAGCGUCAGAUUCGUCUGUGUGUGCAAAGCCCCGACGUGACGGCCUCUGCUCUGCAGGGCAUCCAGGUGGCCCUCCACGAGUGCCAGCACCAGCUCAGAGACCAGCGGUGGAACUGUUCUGCUCUGGAGAGCCACAGCAAGCUGCCCCAUCAGAGUGCCAUCCUCAACAGAGGCUUCAGGGAGAGUGCCUUCUCUCUGUCCCUGCUGGCAGCGGGUGUGGCCCACUCCGUGGCUUCCGCCUGCAGCCUAGGCAAGCUCCGGGGCUGCGGCUGCGAGGCCAAGCGUCGCCUGGACGAAGAUAAGAUUCGCCUCAAACUCACCCAGCUGCAGCUGCAGACCCUCCAGAGGGGAGGAGCCAGAGUGGGCAUGGGAGUGGGUGGGGGAGGAGGGGCACACCCCCAGGAGAUCAGAGAUGUGCCAGCCAGCCUGCGUUCUGGUUCUACCCACCCCUCCUCCCUCCUCAAGCCCCUACCAGAGGACCUCAGCCCCCUGCAGGAGACCUGGGAGUGGGGGGGCUGUAGCCAUGACGCCCGCUUCGGGGAGAGAUUCUCCAGGGAUUGGUUGGACUCCCGGGGCUCCCCACGGGAUAUCCACGCCCGCAUGAGGAUCCACAACAACAGGGUUGGCCGACAGCUAGUGACUGACAACAUGAAGAGGAAGUGUACAUGCCACGGCACGUCAGGCAGCUGCCAGUUCAAGACCUGCUGGUAUGUGUCCCCAGAGUUCAGACUGCUGGGGUCUCUGCUCAGGGACAAGUUCCUCUCCGCCAUCUUCAUUAACUCCCAGAACAAGAACAACGGGGUGUUCAACCCCCGGGUCGCAGCCGGGAAUGGUGCCUCGAAUGGGGUCAGGAAYGGGGCCGAAGGGGGUACUGGGUCUGGGGGCGCGGGGAGCCCAAACAAUGGGGGUCGGCGGAGGAGCGGUGUGUCACGUGAGCUGGUCUACUUUGAGAAGUCGCCAGACUUCUGUGAUCAGGAGCCGUCCCUGGACUCUCUGGGUACUCAGGGCCGUAUCUGCAACAAGACCAGCCACAGCAUGGACAGCUGCGGGUCGCUGUGCUGCGGAAGGGGACACAACAUCCUGAAGCAGACACGUAGUGAGAGGUGCCACUGCCGCUUCCACUGGUGCUGCUACGUGCUCUGUGAGGAGUGCAGAGUCACAGAGUGGGUCAACGUCUGCAAGUAGAUAGGUAUAUGACCUGCCAAGGCUCCUGUAAGGACCCAUCCAAUAGGACGCAGCGUGGCACUAGGAUCCACCCAUUGACUCUCCAGUGUACUACGCGCAAACCCACACAACCAAACCUUUCAUUUGGUACAUGGGUAGACGAUCCACUUCAUCUACUAAGGCCUGACACUUAGUUACUUACUGGUAAUCCUCUUCAUGCAUUGGGACGCAUGGGCAUCCACAAGAGAGCCACUGUUUCUAGUCAGCAGGUUACUUGGUUAGCGUUCCCACAGGCGAGGCCACACUCUUUCAUGCCCUUCUUAACAGUCCUUCUCCAGGUUUCUCCUGGACAUAUCCAGGACACAGGAUGGCAAAAUGAAAAUCCACCCUUUAACUCAGUCCAAUAUACACACAUCCACCCAACCAAACCUUUCAUUUCAGACUCGGUGUUUGUUUUUCUAUUUGCGUCGGCUAAAGUCUCCCACAGAAUCUGUUUAUCCCCCACUUCUCUCUCCUUUUUCUUUUUCCGUCAUCUGGGAUCUAUUUUCCCUUUGUUGCCUGUCAAAAUGCCAAGUCAGAGGUUGGAGACGAGGUGACUCAUGUCAUUUGUCUGUCUUUCCUCUGCCUGUUUAGAUGCAGCCCUUUCAGCCAUGGAAAUCUGAAUGUCCUGGACCCCAUCUGGUGUUCUGUUCUGUUCUCCCCUGCUCUCUACUCGGGAACAAAGAA